UUUUUACUUGUCUUUGUAGUACUAGUCCUUAUAGUAAAUGACGGAAAAAUUGGACCAACGCGAAAUAGUAGAACGCUUCCAGGCAAUGUGCAACCAGCAAACGCAAUUAAGUUCUAAACUAGCUGAACUUGAGGCUGAACGAGCUGAGCAUGAGUUAGUACUUGAGACUUUGGAAAAAACGCCAGAUUCUCGUAAAUGCUUUCGACUGAUAGGGGGUGUUUUAAUCGAGAGAACUGUUAAAGAAGUGUUUCCAGCUGUUAAACAAAAUGAGAGUAAUUUGUGCAAAAUUAUUGGAGAGUUACAAGAAGAACUAAAUAAAAUUAUCAUUGAUAUAUCCGAGUACAAGCAGAAGUAUAACAUAAUGACCCAAGAAGAAUAUUUAGCAAGGCCAAGGCAAGUUGUUUGAAGUUAUCGUUGCCCUUAAUAGUAUAUUCUUCGCUGAUAAUUUCAAC